GGGAGCAGCAUAGUACGUCGAUGAUUCACUGUCACCUGUACGUGAAAUGAACACCUGUUGCCGUCGGGGUUUUUGUCAAAAAUAAGGAAAAGCGCUCAUAUUUCAGGUAGUUUGAAACGCCUCAAAGGAACCAGGCCCGCUGUUAGUCACCCUCACAGUGACCUGGCCUCCACACGGAGGAAGAAUAAAUAAGUUGGACUUUAAGGGGGCCUACGAAGGAUGCGUUGUUAAGAAGGAAGUAUCCCAUCGGCCGCCAGUUACCAAGCUACAGCUACAGAUUGAACAUGCUGCAGGUUGUGUGACUGACAGAUAUGGGGUCAGCGAGAUCGUAUAUGCAGAUUUUGACUGUGGUGGCCAUUUCUUGCCUAUUUUUGACUGCUGAAGGUGGGAGGCCAGAGGUGCGAGGAAAGGCCGGAGGUGUGGUGGAGUUGGAGUGCAGCUUUCCUCCAUCAGGCCCAGCUGCUGUGUCCUCCGCCUCCCUGCAUGUGGUGGAAUGGGUUCGACAGGGACUCGACAUCCCCAUCCUGAUCAAAUUUGGAUCCUAUAUGCCUCGCGUCCAUCCACAAUAUGAAGGGCGCGUGUCUCUCCGGAGAAUCACAACCCUGAGGCUGGAGGGCCUGCAGCUGGACGACCAGGGCCUGUACGAGUGUCGAAUCCUCUUACUGGAUGAACCCACAGAUGAGCUGCAGAACGGCACCUGGACUAUGCUUUCUGUAACCGCUCCACCCACUUUCACUGAAGCCCCGCCUCCUGUGGUGGAGGCUCUGGUUGGAAAUCACCUCUCUCUUGCCUGUGCAGCUAAAGGAAACCCCACACCAAAUAUAACCUGGAUGAAAGAUGGCAAUGUGAUUCAAAGAAUCAAUGAUCAGGAUGGUGGAGCCUUAUCUCUGCGUGCACUGAGCAUGCAGUCAGCAGGACAGUACACCUGCCACGCCUCUAACUCAGAGGGAAAUGUGACCCGCGUGACCAGAGUGAAGAUCAAAGGUCCACCUGUCAUCAUCGUCCCUCCCAAAAGCACCUCUGUCAAUAUGUCCCAAAAUGCACUUCUGCGUUGCCAGGCGGUGGCUGAUCCCCCCAAUAUGACUUACGUAUGGCAGAAAGGUGGAGAAAACGUCUACCACAUAGAGUCUCUGAAGUCACGAGUAAAGAUCAUGAUCGAUGGAACUCUACUCAUCUCCGGUCUCAUCCCCGUGGAUUCUGGAAACUACACCUGCAUGCCCACCAACGGCCUGCUGACCCCGCCCACCGCCUCUGCCAUCCUCACAGUGAUGCACCCCGCCCAGGCCCUUCAAAUGCCCCAGAAGACCUACCUCCCCACUGGUAUGGAUGGUGUGGUCACCUGUGCAGCAGCAGCUCAGCCUCCACUGCUGCGUGUUGAUUGGACCAAAGAUGGAGAGCCACUUGACCUCUCAUUGUAUCCAGGAUGGACCUUGACACCAGAGGGCUCUUUGUUCAUGGCAACAGUAAAUGAUGAUUCAGCAGGCGUGUACACAUGUACUCCAUACAACAGCUACGGCAGCAUGGGAUCCUCUGGGCCAACAAUUGUCAUUUUACAGGACCCCCCAUCUUUCAGCGUCACUCCGGAGAAGCAGUACCAGCAGGAAGCUGGGAGGACUCUGCUCAUCCCUUGUCAGGGAAACGAUGACCUGACGAUAAAAGUGACCUGGAGCAAGGUCGACUUGGCUCGCCAGAUUGCCUACUCCAUAGAACCCAAUGGUUCUCUUCUUCUGCAGCCUCUCACUAAGGAUCACCAGGGUUGGUGGGAGUGCAGUGCUGCUAACCGUGUAGCCUCUGUGAAAGCCACUACACAGGUUUUUGUCCUCGGAACGAGUCCCCAUGCAGCUACCGCUCUGUCCGUCUCUCCGGGGGUGAAGCAGGCCAACAUAUCCUGGGAGGCAGGCUUUGAUGGAGGAUCAGCACAGACAUUUUCAGUUUGGGUAAAAAAGAUUUCAGGACGUGAUAAUAACAGGAAGCAAGAAUGGUUUUCUGUGCCCGUCCCCCCCUCCUCUGGAACCGGGCUGCAGGUGACAGGCCUGUCUCCUGCCACCGACUACCAGUUCAGCAUCCUGUCUCAAAACAAAAUGGGCUCUGGGCCUUUUAGUGAUAUUGUCACUGCGCAAACAUUGGAUCCUCCACUGAGGAGAAGUAAACUAAAGCCCCCUGCGUCGCUGUCGGCUGAUCAGGGCUCAGCAGGUGUUAUUCUGCAAUGGUCCCUUCCCGAAGCACAGCAUCCUCCCAUCACAGCCUUUGUUCUUCAGUCCCGCACCGAACAAGGGGAGUGGUUUAAUCUGGAUGAGGACAUCAGUGCCAACAGUAGUGCGGUAGUUGUUCCGGGUCUGCACAAGGACUGUGUGUACGAGCUGCGGCUGCUAUCUCGUCGUGGGGACUUGCUGAGCGAGCCCAGUCCAUCAGUCAAUGUCUCCACAGUGGGGAUGGAGAUUUACCCUGCCCCAUCUCGACUUCUGGAGUUCGUCCCAAAGCCUUCAUUAGCCGGCGUGCUGGGCGGGGUCGGCUUCAUGUGCUUGGCACUGGUCUUGCUGCUGGGGUCCGCCUAUAUCAUCAGCUACAAGAGGGACCAGCGGCGCAGAAAGAAGGAUGAGCCCCAUCCUGCCAUCCAUAAACGCUCCCCAUCAAUUAAGACUUCAGGCACCGGCAGUCCAGACAGUAUGUUGAAGAAAAGCCUACUUCCAGCCAGCAACCUCUAUCCCACCACUUCCUCUACCACCACCACCUCCUCCUCGCAGACAGACUGUUCCUCCUUCGGCACUGAGAAUCCUCAACAGCGGAAGCAUCCUCUCUCAAACUACAGCAGAGGUCGCCUUAUGAGGACACAUUCUUCCCCAAUUUCUUCUUCAGUGGAGUUGAUCUCACGAGGUCCAGAUGGGCGCUUUGUGCUCCCGCAGUAUGAUACAAUGACAAUUCAGAGCAAGAAAAACGUAAGGCAUGGCCAACCAGCAAGAGUCCGAAGAUCUGUGUCACUACUCUCUGAGAGGGACAGCAAAGAGCCACCUUUUGUACUCUCUGUUGAUCUCCCGCUGAGCACACCAGCAGUGGUUGAUUCAAGAAAACAAAUUUGUGGCAUGGCCCAGCCCUUGCCCAAUUAUGGCUCUUAUAUCUAUGAUCACAAGUCAAGCUGCGAUGGCGUUCCUGACCUCCGCAGCAUGUGCUCAAACAGUAGCUUGGCUACUGUCUCUUAUCAAGACAGAAAAUUUGCUCCAACAUUUCCUGUGCUCCCACAUAUCCGAUCCAGCCUAGGUCAGCCAUCUACCACAGCCAGCACUCUCGUUCUCCAAAUGGAGCACGAGCGGGAGAGAGGAAACUUGAGCCACUGCCUGAAACUGGCUCAGGAGAGAGAGGAGCUGGAGAUCGAGCUCCAGAAGUACACGAUGGAAAGAAGCUCUGUGAGAGAACUCAAUAGGGAGCAAUUAGACUUGGAAGGGAGAGAGGCUGACACUUGUGAUCAUGUGUGGCAAUAUAAGAGCAGCACAUUGCCUCACAGAUUGCCCCAAGGCAGCAAGGAGAGCUUUGCUUGGUCACAGAGCCCUUUCUCUUCAUCGUCUGUGUAUUGGGAUGCCCGUACUCUUGAUUCUCCUUGCUCUCAGAUCCCUAUCCCAAGCCAUUUCAAUGAGACGUUACCUACAAGAUCAUCUUGUUUUCAGUCCUAUAACCAUCAUCCUGCCCCAUCGUUCACCCGGCAGUCCUAUCUCCGAUCUGACGAGAGAGGCAGCCUUCCCAAAGACCGAUUAACACUCCCACAUCUGUCCUCAAAGCACCAGGGACAUGAAAGGAUACAGGCAGCACCAGAGGGUUAUGAUAAUUCACCACAAUCGACACUCUUAGAAAUGCAAACAUUUGAAUCAUGCUCCGAGGCACGGACACAGAACAAUCUUAGUCGUGGCAGCCUUUCAACGUUGUCUUUCCAUAGCAAUAAUUACACAGAAAGAUUAAAUUUGGCUCCAAAUGCAGUGCCAGACUCUUCAGAAUUGGAGGUAGUGGUCCCUGAGCCCACUCAUGAAUACAUGUGCAUUGAGAUGAGUGUGGAUGACCCCGAGAUGGAUGUGUGUGUCAUGCAACCUACAGAGCCAAUGCUUCACCAAAGAAUCGCCUCCCAUGUGCAACAAGGGCACUCACUGACUAGCAGAGGCAGAUUCAGAGACAUGAGUAGGCGUUCAAGCUUUAACUGCCGUGGUUCUGCUCCUGUGGCUGAUGUUAUCACUGACCCAGCUUCUGUGCAACUUCCUGCCAGCACUAAAGCUGCAACCCCAAGUUCUAAAAUGUGGGACUCCAAGCGACGAAGUCAAAGCCUCGACUCAAGAAGAAGGAAAGAAAGCAAUUUCCUGACUCCUGCCGCGUGGAUAGAUUCACUCAGCCAAGAGAACUGCUCUGUUGCUUCUUCCUCUCGUCCACAAUCUCUGUUUUUGGAGCCCUUGAGCUCGCCGUCAAGGAAGAUCUUCAAAUCUCCUGCAAGUACUCCUUCUGCUGCCCAAGCUGCUUCCCGUUUACCUCCCACUGUGGAUGCUAUGUCUCCAAGGCCUAGUUUAAAUCUCAACGUGCCUUGUCACUAUGAGCCAACAAGAGAGGCGUCCAUCUGUAAAGAAGCCAAAUGGACAGUCCCCUACCAGGAGUCCAUGAAAGAGGCUGAAGGUUCCUUGGAGGCCAUGAAGAAAGCUUACACAUACUAUCCAUUAGACAAAAAAGAUCAAGAGCCUCUAGAAAUAGAAGCAGGAGGCUACGAUGGAGUGCGAGAGUCAGGGAGCAGCUACAGCAGUUAUGCCAGCAGUGGCCGAGGAAGUAUGGAGCCAGCUAACGGACGUCUUUCUGUGUGUCAACUUUCCCCAACCCUCACCAGCUCACCUGAGACUGUAGAGGAAACCCAGGAGAGCACAGAUGACAAACACAGUCUCCAAAUGGAACCAAGCCAAAGGAGAAAGGCCUCAGUCGAUGAAAAUUACGAGUGGGAUGCUGCUGAUUUGUGCUCACAUGGAGACCGUGAUGGCUUGCUUUCUUCAUUGACUCUUCUGAAACCUUCUCGGUGCUGCAGCCUUCCAAGCAUGCAAUGCACCACUAAGGCACUGAAAAAUUACACUCAGCUCUCUUUGCUCCCGGGGCAUCAAAGCAGCUGCUCUGCCGAGCCAGAACCAGACACCGUGCUGUUCUGACAGCACCCGCCUUUGGCUCAUCUCACCUAGUGUGUCCUUUAACUUAUUGACUCGCAUCACAAGGCGACAAAAAGCGUAUGUGACCAAAAAAAAGGAGAGCUUUUGUCUGAUCAAUCUAGUUCUCCUUUUUUUAAAGUAACAUAAGGUUAACUGGUUAGCUCUUUUUGAAGGAUACGUGGCCUAGUCUCUUUGUUAAGCAUCACUUGAAGAAAAUAGGUCUCUUAAAUGAGACAAGUCUCAGUUGAAGACAGAAAAACACCUUUACCGUCGUUCAGAGCUUUCAAAGUCUCUUUUCCUUUUUGUCCGUUCACUGUCAAGCUCUUGACAUUUUUUGUUGAUCCCUACUUCAUUCUGUCGAUUUGUCGAUAUCAAAGCAUUUCACUGUGCUGAUGGUUGUGUGUGUGUGUGUGUGUGUGUGUGUGUGUGUGUGUGUGUGUGUGUGCGUGUGUGUGUGUGUGUGUGUGUGUGCUUUGCUAAGCAUUCAUCAUCCAGGGAUGACUCACUGGCCACACAAGGGACGAAAGGAUCUCAGUCAUCAUGAAGUGACUGCAUUAAGCUGGGGACGAUGAAGUUUUUAGAUAUCAUCAAUCAUCUUUGAGUUCAACAAAAGAGUUGUUUAUGAAAUGUCAUUAUAUAAGGAAGAUAAAUAGAAUCAGCUACACUCAUUCUGUUCUGCUUUAGUUCAACAUUUUUUUGUUAGAGUAAUUUCCCAACAGAGGUCAUUACCUUCUUUCUACUGCAACUUACAAUACUGUGAAUUUUUGAAUCAUCAGCACCCUUCAAAAAGGAUGAAAGCCUCAGUUUUCUCCCCGGGCUUUCUCAUUGUUCAACAAAGCAAAAUCUACAAUUAUGUUUGGUAAUUGACUUAGGAUCGGGUCCGCUUGAAGGGAUUGUCCUUGUUUUGAAUCACUCAAGUUGACUGCUUUUCUCCUACCAGUACCUACAGUAGUUUAUGCACACACAGUAAAGCUCAAUGGUGCCGAUGACAGUCACAACAAUGCAAAGAAUCCUCUCAGAGAGCUCCAAACUGAGCUUAACAUUUUUUUUUAGCAAGGAGUCCUAGCUUAGGAGUGAUUCAGGAACAUUCUCAGAGAAACUCUGAGUGAUGAAGGGACAGGAACUUUUCUCUUCUUGAGGAGGUGUGGUUGGCCCCGUUUCUAGGCAUGGCAUUUUUCAGAAGCUGUGAUUGGUUGAUUCAAAAGCUUGAGAAUAAAGUGCUCUCUGACUGAUAAUAGACAUAAAAGGACUGUGAAAUCAAUUGGGCCCAAUCAUAGAAUCUAGUCACACAUUGUGUAAAUAUGACCACUAUGAAAUUAACAUCUCAGUUGAAUAAAUUGUAAGCCGUACUUUAAGGUAUAUAACCUACAAAAUGUUUAAAAUCACAUGCCCACUCCCCACAGUCGUCUCUUCACAUAAAGAGCCUUUAAUAGGUGAUUAGAUGCACCUGUGGAGGUAAACACAUUAUGAGGAACUCACUGUGCAGCUUCAAGUUUUACUGUAGAAAGUUCAAGAUGGAUUAAAAUGUCUGCAUAGAUAUUUUUAGUCUGUUUAGCCAUACUAUCAUUCAAUAAGAAUAUUCUUCAGUCAGUGUUUGAAGAACAUUUUUUCUAUUUUGUCCUCUGCUUAAGAAACUCUAAAUCCAGUUAAAAGUUCUCCUCACUGCUCCUAACAGUUUCCUACCAUAUGAGCGUUCUUAAAGGCUAAGAUGCAUUGUGAAUAACUUCUAUCUUUACCAGGAUGAAGUCCUUACUUUACGGGGAAAUUCUUAGAAAAAUGUCUUGAAUCUAAGAAUUUUGUCACUAUGGAGCACCUCUUUGUAUGUAUGAAGCUUUGUGAAUACGGCCCCAGAUGAAUGCUUUGCUUGAGGGUUCAUUAGAGGCAAAGAGUGAGCACAUCCUAAUGUGACAGGGGGAUAAUUAUUCUUGUUUUUGGAAUGACAAUCAAAUUGUAUUAUUUUGCAGUGAUUUUAAAGAAUUUUAAAGCAAUUUUCCAAUUAAAAGUAACAAACUGAAAUGGAAAUAUAACUUCA